AUGGAGAAGGUGAGUCUCUAACAUUCUUUUCAAUGUGUUUCUAUAGAUCCAGGAGACAAAAACCUUGUUGGCCCAAAAGGCACAGGCGGCAUUUUGAGGUGUAUGACAUUGUUGGUGUCUUUCUCUUCAGAUUGUGUUCUUUGAGGACCGGGACUUUCAGGGGAAGUCCUACGACUGCAAAGGAGACUCAGCGGACCUGCACGGAUACAUCCGACGAUGCAACUCGGUCAGAGUAGAGGGAGGCUGGUGGGUUCUCUAUGAGCGCAACAACUUUAUGGGCUACCAGUAUAUCGUUGGCCCAGGGGAGUACAAUGACUACCGCCGCUGGAUGGGCUUUAAUGACUGUGUCAGAUCCUGUAGGAUCAUUAAAAGUGUAAGUCAGCAAAGAAACAGAAACAUGAAAAAUAAACUCUCUUCAUUCCCGUCAUUAAAAUGAACCCAUCUCUUUUACUGUUUUUGUUUCAGGUCAAAGGGCCGUACAAGCUGAAGCUGUUUGACCGGCCAAACUUUGCUGGACAAUCCUUGGAGUUGACAGACAACAUGAAGUCCGUCCAGGACAAAUGGCUCAGACAGGAAGUGCAGUCCUGUAAGGUUCUGGGAGGCUGCUGGGUUUUCUUUGAGCACCCAAACUACUGUGGUCGUCAGUACCUGCUGGAGAAAGGGGACUACUCCCACCACUCAGACUGGGGCGCUCUGAAAGCAAAUGUGGGCUCCAUCAGAAGAAUAAUGCAGCUGUAG